AUUAAUAACCCUUGCCAACAAGUCGACCUUCCCCCAAUAAAUACCCAAGAGGCGGAGAGAGUUCUGCGGUGAACAACUCGAAAGCUACUCUGAGCAUGGGAGCUCCAGGCAUCUGCACAGUGUCUCUGUUCCUGUUGGUCCUGGGGCGAAUGGUGUCAUGCGAGCCGUCAGACACAUUUUGCCUGGAGAACGAGGUCGGAAUCCACGCAGACCCUGAGGAUGCUUCAAGCUUCUACCAGUGCCUGGGGAACGCCACCAUCUAUAGCACCUGCCAGAGGAACCUCAUCUUCGACAUAGUGAGCAUGUGGUGUGUCAAGCCACCCACUGCCGCCCCGCCUCAGACCACUGCAGAAACCCAGGCUGCUCCAGUCACCACCGCAAGAGCUCCAAUGGCCACUUCAAAGCCUCUAAUAGACAUCUCGCAACUCCCAGUAGCCAGCACAAAGACUCCAGGAGCCACCUCCCAAGCCCCAGUGGCCACUCCAGCAAACCUGACAGAGAGUCUACUCUUUUGCAGAGGGAAAACCGAUGGAUUCUAUGAAGACCUGGAAGACGUCACCUUCUACUAUUUUUGCUGGCAGGGUGAAACAAACCAUAUUGCCUGUGCACCUGGCUUGGUCUUCAGCAUCCAGGUUACGGCAUGUAUCCAUCUGAUGCCCGUCACCCAGCCCACAAGCACAACCCCUAGGAGAACUCCAACACCAACAAGGUUGCCACCAACGGCUAUUCCUACAACACAGGUCCUCCUGACAACAGAGGAGAUGGCAAUGACAACGGCACCAAAAACUACUGCAACAAGACUGGAAAUGCCCACAACAGCAAAGACUACUGCAACAUCACAGGAGGUAACAACGGCAGUAAAAAUUCCUACAACAACAGGGAAGACCAUGACCACAGAACAAGAAACGUUCAAAACAAUAAAGACAACGACAACAACACAGGAGAUACCCACAACAAGGGGGAUACCUGUAACAACACAGGAGAUACCAACAACAAGGGAAGGUCUUGCAACGACACAAGAAAUGCUCACAACAAAAAUUGCAACACGAGAGAUACCCACGACAAGGAAAACUACACCAGUACAAGCAAUACCCACGACAAGGGAAACUACAAUAUUACCAGAGAUACCCACGACAAGGGAAGCAACAACACAGGAGAUAGUGACAACAAGGAAAACUACAACAGUACAAGCAAUACCCACAGUGAGGGAAACUACAGCAGUACCAGAGAUACCCACAACAAUGGAAACUACAGCAGUACCAGAGAUAGCCACAGCAAGGGAAACUACAACACAGGAGAGGGUGACAACAAAGAAAACUACAGCAGUACCAGAGAUACCCACAGCAGUACAAGAGAUAGCCACAACAAUGGAAACAACAGCAGUGCCAGAGAUACCCACAACAAUGGAAACUACAGCAGUGCCAGAGAUACCCACAGUGAGGGAAACUACAGCAGUACCAGAGAUACCCACAACAAUGGAAACUACAACACAGGAGAGGGUGACAACAAGGAAAACUACACCAGUACAAGCGAUACCCACAGAGAGGGAAACUACAGCAGUGCCAGAGAUACCCACAGCAAGAGAAACUACAGCAGUACCGGAGGUCCCCACAACAAUGCAAAUGACAGCAGUACCAGAGAUACCCACAACAAUGGAAAUUACAACAGUACCAGAGAUACACACAGUAAGGGAGACUACAACACAGGAGAGGGUGACAACAAGGAAAACUACAGCAGUACCAGAGAUACCCACAGUGAGGGAAACUACAAUACCAGAGAUACCCACAAUAAGAGGAGCAACAACAGUACAAGAGAUAGCCACAACAAGGGAAACUACAACAGUAACAGAGAUACCCACAACAAUGGAAAUGACAACACAGGAGAGGGUGACAACAAGGAAAACUACAGCAGUACCAGAGAUACCCACAGAGAGGGAAACUACAACAGUGCAGGCGAUACCCACCACAAGGGAAACAACGCAGGAACUAGCCACCACAAGGCAAUCUACAACACAAGAUAAGCCUACACCUAGGGAAACCACAACAACACAAGGGAUGGUGACGGCAAAGGAAACUCCUGCAAUGACACAUGAGAUGGUGACUAUAAGGAAAGCUACCACACCAGAGCUACCCACACCAAAGCAAACACCUGGAACCACACGGGAGAUACCCACAAUGAAGAAAGCCACCACAACAAUACUAGGGAGGCCUACAACCACGCAGGAAAUCCCUGCGGCAAAGUCAACAAAAGCGGAUUUACCGAAGACUGUACAGGUCUCAACAACUGCAGGGCCCAUCGAUUGGGAUCCCAACUUCUGCAGUGACAAAGAGUCUGGCCUUUAUCCCGAUCCACUGGACAGGUCUAGCUUUUUCCAGUGCUUUUUGGGGCAAACAUUCCAUUUGCUGUGUCCUGUGAUAUUGGUUUUCAAUCCGAAAACAGGAACAUGUGACUGGCCAGAGGAUGCAGUAGAAGAUACGGAUAUAUUCAAUGCAACAUUCUGCAGGGAUAGGGUGGAUGGUAACUAUGCCGACCCGUUGAACCCCAACAUGUUCUACCAGUGUGUGACAGGGACAGCCUUUCAUAUGGCAUGUCAGGGCAAUCUGGUCUUCGAUCCGUUGGUCAACGCUUGCCUCUUUGCCUACAGCACCCCAACCCCAGCCGUGCCAUGGAUACCGACAAGUACACAAGGGGUGACCACCACCAUCAGAAAACCCAACAUUUGCUGCGGCAUAGACGAUGGAAUCUACGCCGACUCAAAGGACACGAGCGCCUUCUACCAGUGUGUGGAGGAAGUGACCUUCUACAUGUCAUGCCAUCCGAAAAUGGUUUUCAAUCCAUACCUCAAUGUGUGCGACUAUCCAUGAAGCGGUUCCAAGGAGAACAUAUCAGUCGCCCAGGACAGACUCCUGCACCAUGACCAAUCUUCUGCAACUAGAGAUAUGUUUGCAACACCCAAACUCCAUCUUAUUCUGCAGCUUGUUAGGGACGUUACUGCAUUCACAGACUAUUCCGCCUUGUGCAUGUUUCUUCAGCGGUGAAGGGAUUCUCUGGAAACGCUCCUAGACGCCUUCGGCAACAGAUUUUCUGGAACUCCACAAAAUUGUGCAGUUCAUUCCAACUUCGGGUAUCUUGAUGUUUUAGGUCUGGAAGGUGGAUCUAAAUCUCAACAAAUCCUUAGAGAGUUGGCAACGGGAAAGAUAUUUCAAUUUCAAUUUCAAAGAUAUUUCUGGCAAAUUCAUUUCACUUGCACUUUAUGAUAUUGAUAUGAUAUUGAUUGAUAUUGAUUGAUAUUGAUUUAUCUAACCAUUUGAGGCUGCCAUUGUAUUCAUCACUUCUGUAGAUAAAUGGGGAUUUUUUUUGCUGUACUACAAAAUACCUUGAGCUGUGCAUCAGACUGCGGAGCUGUAAUGGGCCAUAGUUAAUGCAGGUGUGUUUCUCUGAUUAGGAAUGAAUGAAUCUGUUAGUUAUAUUCAAAUAAAAUAUCAUUAUUGAAU